GCGAUGGGUUCAGUUUUCCCCUAAUAAAACCAUUCAGCUCCAUGGAUUCUCAGACGCAUCCGAAAAAGCAUUCUGCGCAUGCGUUUAUCUCCGAGUGGAACACUGUGAAAACUCGGCAUCAUCUCAUUUGCUCGUAGCAAAAAGUAAAGUCGCACCCCUCCAAACAGUGAGUCUGCCUCGCUUGGAACUGUGUGGAGCGGUCCUUCUCUCCAAACUUGUGAAGCAUAUUCGAUCCCAACUUAAUCUGCCGACCCAUGAGCUCAUACUCUGGUCAGACUCCUCUAUCGUGCUGGCCUGGCUAGAAAAACCACCAUGGACAUGGAAGACAUAUGUGGCGAACCGAACUUCCCUCAUCUUGCAGAAUGUCAAUAACGCCACAUGGAGACACGUAUCGAGCUUAGACAAUCCCGCAGAUUUAGGCACUCGAGGAUGCAAGCCACAAGAUCUAGCGUCAUGUUCCCUAUGGUGGAAUGGCCCUCAGUGGCUCACCAAACCCUCAGCGAGCUGGCCAAAGAAUGCGCCUCAAACGCUCUUUCCCCCUGAACAAAAAUCUGUGGAAUCUUAUCACACAAUAGAGAACGAAGACCCUCUCACUCGAUUCUCGUCAUUUCCUCGCGCCCUUAGGGUAAUCGCUUACGUGUAUCGGUUCAUCCGCAGCGCACGAAAGGAACCAAUACCCACGACGCACACACUCACCCAGGACGAAAUCAGUUACGUCAAAACCCGGCUCAUCAUAUGCGCCCAACACAAUCAUUACGCAGAGGCGGUCGCACAACUGGAAGCCGCGAAACCGAUUUUCUCCACACAACUCUACUCCACGCGGGAAAACAGCUCAUGGUCCGGAUGGUACAACAAGAGUAUUACGUCCCAAGACUUAAGCAGAAAGUUAAAAAAUGCAUUUUCCACUGCAAGGUGUGCACCAUACACAAGCGAGAAAUGCGAUCGCAGAUAAUGGCGGCCUUGCCUCCAGCACGAGCAACCUACUCGCUACCAUUUCACACCACGGGAAUAGACUUCGCGGGCCCAUUCCUGGUGAAAACUUCUUUACUGCGUCGCGCCUCACACACAAAAGCAUAUGUAUGCGUGUUUGUCUGCUUCUCCACCAAAGCCAUACAUCUAGAACUCUGCUCAGACCUGACAAUAGAAGCCUUCAAGGCCUGCUUUGCCAGAUUCGUUGGUCGACGUGGUCUCCCCCAUAAAAUCAUGUCGGACAACGGGAAAACUUUCGUAGGCGCUCAAAGGUCAAUCCACCGAGAACUUUCCACUUUUCUUAAGGAAGCCGCCUCAGAUAUCGCUGAAAAAUAUAUCAUUCAUGGCCUCUCCUGGCAAUUUAUACCACCAUACGCUCCUCAUAUGGGAGGCCUGUGGGAAGCAGCGGUUAAAAGUUUUAAGACGCACUUCAACAAAGUCGCGGGGAAUCACAAAUUCACGUUUGAAGAAUUCACCACACUGCUCAUACGAAUCGAAGCGGUACUCAAUUCCAGACCGCUGUCGCCUUUGUCUCAAGAUCCUAGCGAUUUACAGCCUCUUACUCCCGGUCACUUCUUAAGAGGAGCACCACUUGCCUCUCUGCCAGAACCUAACGCAGAAAACCUGUCUCUUCCAAACAAGUGGCAGAAGCUCAAGGUACUUCACCAUCAAUUCAGCACCCGAUGGAAAACUGAAUAUUUGCAAGAGCUACACAAACGGCAUAAGUGGAAAGGCAAAGAACCCAAUAUCGCAGUGGAAGACCUCGUCGUCAUCAAAGAAGACAACCUCCCACCAAAUGAUUGGCGCCUCGGACGUAUUGUUAAGCUCUAUCCCGGUCCCGACCAAAACGUUCGCGUGGCUGACAUCCGUACCCAAAAGGGAAUUAUAACACGCAACAUCGCAAAAUUAUGCUUGUUACCACCUCCACCCAGCACAAUGGAUGCUUAACGCAUCAAACUUUAUUCAAAAUUCUCUUUUCUUUAUACCUCAAUAUACAGACUCUGUGGUUAACCACAGAACAUUUUCACUCCCAUUCCCUCCGUAUUUACGCAAAAAAACUAAUGUUUGGUUUCAAAUUUAAUUUCUUCAUAGGACAAGUGAAGCAUCCAUGGAGCUCAGCAAAUGUCGCCUUUGUUGCCGCCCCCCAUUCAUUGCGCUACUGUAAAGCUUUUCUCGCCAUGACGCCGGCUGAAAGGCAUGAGUCAGCCCGAGUACAUAAAUAUUGUGUAAACUGCCUGGCUACCUCCCAUGUCACCGGUGCCUGUGACUCUCCAGCCAGCUGUCAUCAGUGUGGUAGGGCGCACCACACGCUGCUACAUCGAACGCUGGCGAAGUCGUCAACGAUCCGACGUAGGGAGAGGACUCGCUAUGCUAGCCGUCGGACAAUCCGGCGUACUCGAGGUCUGCAAAGUCCCACCGCUGCCCGGAGUCGUAAAAUGCGUGAGCUGCUCAAUAAAGCGCAAGACAUCAUCAACCAGCUGAAGGAGCUAGUAUCCGCUUCUACGCGGCCGGCCGGGCGUGAUGUCGAAGACAUGGAUGAUGAUGAAUAAUUAGCUAACCUUUAUCUUAUAAAUAUAUUUGAAAUGUAAUAGAAUUACUUAUAAUGAAUUUA